CGUCCGGUCCACCACGUAAACGGGUACUGUUGUUUAGUCGACACCGGCGACAAUAACCAAGGAGAGAUAACAACAUCAGAUUUCCUUUGUUUCUCAGGAAAAAUAUUUCCAACGUUUCUCGUCCGUCGCCUUUAUAUACAUACAUUCUUGGACUAUAUAAACAGAUCAAACACAAACGCAUAUAUAAUAGCUUCUACUGCAGGACAUUUUGUUUUGAGAGCAACUUAUACACACAUUACAUCAGUUUAUAUCAUAUAUAUAUACAUAUAUACACACACAUAUUACAUACCUUAUAAACUAUAUAUACAUACAACAUACCAUAUAAUUUUAAGACACAUAUUUCGUAAUACAUCACACACAUACACGCUUUACAUACUCUAUAACCAUACAACAUACUUUAUAAUUAUAUAUACAUACAGCAUAUAUAACUAGAUAUAUGUUUUCUAACAUCUUAAGGCUAACAACAUACUUCUGGAAACUGCAUUUUAACAACACAAUGAAGAGCAUCUAAAUAUAUAUAUAUAAAUAAAUAUAUAUAUAUAAGGAUAAGAUCGUUAAUUUAAAUUAAAAUUACGAACUUAUCAAGUGGUCAGAUGGAAAAAAAAUAACCUUCAAAGGUAAUAAUUAUAUAUCUCUUCUUAUAUAUAAUUUAUAAUUUCAUAUAUAUAUACAUAUACAAGACAAGACAUUGCUUUGUGUAUCAUUCUGCUGGAUAACUGGAGCACUACCCUGGAUUUACAAUACAGUGAACUAUAACUUCGGACCCUGCCACAUGAAUAGGCCGAGUUUUUUUCUUCUUCUACCAGUAUACGAAGUUUAAAAGUGUUUAGUUACAAAAAUUAUUUUUUAAAUCUGCCGGUCAAAGGACCGGCUUGGAUUCUGGAAUUUGGAAUUUACUAAGGACCGGCUUGGAUUCUGGAAUUUGGAAUUUACUAAGGACCGGCUUGGAUUCUGGAAUUUGGAAUUUACUAAGGACCGGCUUGGAUUCUGGAAUUUGGAAUUUACUAAGGACCAGCUUGGAUUCUGGAUUUGGAAUUUACUAAGGACUGGCUUGGAUCCAGUCUAAAUAAUAUUGUUAACCUGAUGUACUAACAGAAAUUUUGCUGUCACUAAUAACUCUACAUCUAAAUAUAAAUUCUGUUCGACCAUAAAUUGGAGAAUUAUCCGGGAGAAUCUGAUUUUAUUUGAUUUAAUUUGAACUGAAAGAAGGAAAAGCAAAAUGUCGGAGAAGACAAACUUUGUGAAAGUUCAUCGAGGAAGUUAUUACGACUCCGACUUCGACAGUGAUCCGGAGAUUAGCGGAAACACACGAAGGUCAACAGCGGACGACGAUAGACGCGACUCUGACGAAGCAGACGCUUCGCUUUCGCGUCCUUCUACGAAAGCGAAGAAGCGGCGACGGAAACAUCCGAAGUACAGCGACCACGUGGAGGGGAAGCGACAGAGGCGCGAAGAUAGUUUCGGGCAGAAGAAACAGCAUUUGCACAAUGAGCGCUCUGCCGAUCUGCGGCAGGUGAAGGUGAUGGAGAGAGACGGAGUGAAGCUGAUUCCGGUUGUGGUUCUUCUUCUGUGUGGGAGGGCCCGGCCAAAGUGGAAGUUGCGAAGAGUAGGGACCAAGAAUUCGAGUCCUACUUCGAAGACAUGUUCUUGUAAGGUUAGGAAUGAUGCAGGACACAACCACAGGCAGAAGAGAAGACGGCUGUGUCUGUCCAGGAAUUUACUAAGGACCAGCUUGGAUUCUGGAAUUUGGAAUUUACUAAGGACCGGCUUGGAUUCUGGAAUUUGGAAUUUACUAAGGACCGGCUUGGAUUUUGGAAUUUGGAAUUUACAAAGGACCGGCUUGGAUUCUGAAAUUUGGAAUUUACUAAGGACCGGCUUGGAUUCUGGAAUUUGGAAUUUACUAAGGACCGGCUUGGAUUCUGGAAUUUGGAAUUUACUAAGGACCGGCUUGGAUUCUGGAAUUUGGAAUUUAUUAAGGACCGGCUUGGAUUCUGGAAUUUGGAAUUUACUAAGGACCAGCUUGGAUUCUGGAAUUUGGAAUUUAUUAAGGACCGGCUUGGAUUCUGGAAUUUGGAAUUUACUAAGGACCAGCUUGGAUUCUGGAAUUUGGAAUUUAUUAAGGACCGGCUUGGAUUCUGGAAUUUCGAAUUUACUAAGGACCGGCUUGGAUUCUGGAAUUUGGAAUUUACUAAGGACCGGCUUGGAUUCUGGAAUUUGGAAUUUACUAAGGACCGGCUUGGAUUCUGGAAUAUGGAAUUUACUAAGGACCGGCUUGGAUUCUGGAAUUAGGAAUUUACUAAGGACCGGCUUGGAAUUUGGAAUUUACCAAGGACCGGCUUGGAUUCUGGAAUUUGGAAUUUACUAAGGACCAGCUUGGAUUCUGGAAUUUAUUCCCCUGCGGACAUCAGAGGAAUGAGAUUUUUUUUAAAGAAAAUAGCAUUAUAAAGGUAAUAUCCGUGGGAAUUUGGCACCUUUAUGUGGACACGGAGAACUAAUGGAUAUGAUGGUCUUACCGUGACAUAAAGAGACUGUUAUGAUAUUUGCCGUGACCCUUCUUGGUGGUGGUGACAGCAGAGAGGACAAGUUUAAGCUUGUGACACGGGUUCAAUCCAGAAUGGAAACAGCGAAGAACAUGGGACGAAGUCGCAAGUUGAUGUCCCUUGGUGAUGGUGGCAGCAGAGAGAACGAGAACUUGAAGCUUGUGUUUGACAAGGGUUCGAUCCAAACUGGAAGCGGCAAAGAAGUUUGAAGCCGAUGUCCCUUUCGAGAAUAAUUCACCAGAGAGGGUGAUGCCCUCCACUUCGCCAAAAGAAAAUUUUGUUCAUACGAUUUCAUUUGCUGAGAGUUUCAGAACCGGAAUUCAAUAGAAAACACCGAAGAUGUCACAUGUUGGGACCGAACCCAGAACCAUGUGGUUGAGAAAUAAACUACUUACCAUACAG